AAUGGCAGAUCCUUACUCCACUUUCAUCCCUGGCUGGUUCAACUUCAUGCCCCUGAUCCCUCAAUCCUCUUCAGCCACUUUUUCUAACUCAAACCCCUCUCCCUCUCCCUCUCCCUCUCCUCUUCAUCAUGUCUACUCAUCAAACAACAAAUUUAUUACCUCCAAUAUUAUUAUUGAGAGUCAAAAUCCUCAUUCUCAAAGCUCAUCUCCUCCUCCUCCACCUCCACCUCCACCUCCAAUCAAAGAAGCUCUUCCUCUGAUAAACUACUUGAACCCCACUACUAGACAAGAAGAACACAAGGUGCAGGGUCAUCGGUAUUGGAUUCCUACUCUUUCUCAAAUACUCAUUGGACCUACUCAGUUUUCCUGUCCUGUUUGCUCAAAGACCUUCAACAGAUACAACAACUUGCAGAUGCAUAUGUGGGGACAUGGAUCUCAGUACAGAAAAGGAUCAGAGUCUCUGAAGGGAACGCAACCCACAGCAAUGCUAAGACUCCCUUGCUACUGCUGUGCACCAGGAUGCAAGCACAACAUUGACAACCCAAGAUCAAGGCCUCUCAAAGACUUCAGAACUCUCCAAACACACUACAAGAGGAAGCAUGGCAUCAAGCCCUUCAUGUGUAGGAAAUGUGCCAAAUCAUUUGCUGUCAAAGGGGACUGGAGAACCCAUGAGAAGAAUUGUGGCAAGAUUUGGUUUUGCAUUUGUGGGUCUGAUUUUAAGCAUAAGAGAUCUCUUAAAGACCACAUUACAGCUUUUGGUCAUGGCCAUGCUGCUGCUUUUGGUGGUAUUCAUCAUGAUGAUCAUGUUGAUAUUGAUUAUGAGGACGAUGAACCAACUUCUGAAAUUGAACAUGUCAGUGUAUGACAAUUGAUUAUCAAAGACAAAAGGGAAGGAACAAGGGGAGAGGAAAGAUGCAAUGGAGUGAUUUAACUAAUCCAAAGAU